AUGGCGCAUCAAGACCGGGAGGAUCAGCAAGAAGUCCACCGUGGUGACAUACUGGAAGCAGAUAUCGUACCUUCUAAUGCCUUCCAGUAUGUGGACUCUAUUCAACACCGGUAUGCGUUGAGCACCGAGACCAAGGACAAGUCUCCCUUGCACGUGCAGGACCUGGCCAUUCUGCUGAACAACCACUGGAGCCGAGACACCGAGAUUUUUCCACACGAGCGGUUUAGGUUACAGCCUGCUAUGAUGCUAAUCAUAGGCGCCGCUACCUCCUCACGACCAACCACGAUACGCAUGAUCGGAUACCAGGACCUUACUUUCUCUUUGUUCCCUAACGGAACUGGACGGUCGUAUCUUACGGUAAAACUUCGCCUGCAGAAUACGAAAAAGGGGGGAGACAGGAAACUGCCUGCUGCCUAUGGAUUCAGGGAGGAAACCAACCUGUUGUAUUGUCCGGUGAUAGGCAUGAUAGCGUUGGCUAUUGCCGAUGGUGCUUUUCAGGGCGGUAUUAACAGUCUGGAGAAGAUCUACUCCCUCCGGGUACGACCGAGCGACGAAUGGCGUAACAGAUUCAUCUUCGCGACGUAA